AUGUCCGGGUCUAGUUCGAGGGGGCGUCUGUCUCCGGCUUCAGGUGGUGGAGACUCUGAGCCGCGGUCUGCGGGGAGCAGGACACGAUCUGUGUCUGCUACCCGGGGUCGGAAGGCGUCGCCGAGGCCUGGGAGGGAUGUCGCAUCAGCAACAGCGACAGUGGAGGAGAAGAAGCCUGCUGCGGUGCCUACAUUGCUCCCUUCGCUCAGCGUGCCGGCAGGGAUGCGCCGGCAGGAGCUGCUACUGCGCUCAGGGUUCUCUCUUGACGCCUCAUGCUCAUCAGACGCUUCGACAGACUCGUUCUGCAGCCGGGCAUCCACUGGGCGGAUUGGGAGGCCGGUGUUUGGGCCGAGGAAGAAGAAGACCGUCUCCCAGGCUGAUCAUAAGGUCUCUGCCAUGCUGGAAAGGGAGGCUGGAUCUGCUUCUCCAAGUGAUGCUUCUGGUCUGAAGAGGAGGUGUGCUUGGGUGACUGCUAAUACCGAUCCAUGUUAUGUUGCAUUUCAUGACGAAGAAUGGGGAGUUCCAGUUCACGACGACAAGAAGUUGUUUGAGUUACUGGUGCUCUCGGGUUCACUGGCCGAACUUACAUGGCCAACAAUUUUGAACAAGAGAUCUAUAUUCAGGGAGGUUUUCAUGGAUUUUGACCCUGCAUCAGUCUCUAAAUUAAGCGAGAGGAAGAUUAUUGCACCUGGAAGUCCUAGCAGCUCCUUGUUAUCUGAACAGAAAUUGCGCGGUGUUAUUGAGAAUGCACGACAAAUACUGAAGGUUAUAGAGGAGUUUGGGUCAUUUGAUAAGUACUGCUGGAGCUUUGUGAACCACAGACCUAUAUUGAGCACAUUCAGGUAUCCCCGUCAGGUUCCUGUCAAGACAUCUAAAGCGGACGCGAUAAGCAAAGAUUUGGUCCGAAGGGGUUUCCGCAGCGUAGGCCCAACGGUCGUGUACACCUUCAUGCAAGUCUCCGGCAUGACCAACGACCACCUCGUCUCCUGCUACCGGUUUGCUGAAUGCACCGCAGCCGCAACUGGUGCUAAGCCUACUACCGAAUCUGGCAGCGAAGCAAAUUCAGGCGCCAGCAAUCACGCCGCGGAGCAAAAGGCGAACGGAGCUGCUAACGGACUAGCCGUUGACAUUGGGCUGUCCAGAACGAUAGACGAGCUCAGCAUCUCGUAG